CCUCUCCCGCCCACCGCCUCGGCUGGCCUCCCUGGCGGCCUCGGGGCCUUUCUUCCCUCCUUCGAGGCGGGGCGGAGCCGGCCGGGAGGCUUCAUUGUGCGUCCGGGCGCCGCCGUCAGCCAGGCCGGGCUCCUCUCUCUCCUCCUCCUCCUCCGGCAGCUGCCCUUCCUCGCCCCUCAGCUGCCGAGCAGAGCCGGCGCGCCGGCGCCUCAGUCCGGGUCCCUCCGCCGUCUCCGCCACCUCAGCAGCAUGUCGGGCCGGUCGGUGCGGGCCGAGACCCGCAGCCGCGCCAAGGAUGAUAUCAAGCGGGUGAUGGCGGCCAUCGAGAAAGUGCGCAAAUGGGAGAAGAAAUGGGUGACCGUUGGCGACACAUCCCUUAGGAUCUACAAAUGGGUGCCAAUAACAGAGCCCAAAGUAGAUGACAAAUCCAAAAACAAGAAAAAGGGCAAAGAUGAAAAGUGCGGUUCUGAGGUGACGACCCCAGAAAACAGCUCAUCCCCUGGGAUGAUGGAUAUGCACGAUGACAAUAGCAACCAGAGCUCUAUAGCCGAUGCUUCCCCCAUAAAGCAGGAGAACAGCAGCAACUCGAGUCCUGUGCCCGAGCAGAACUCAACAGGGCAGGUAGACGGUCCUGGUUCAAAGUCGGACGAUACUCCGACGGAUGCAAAAGAAGAAGCUGGCUCAGAAGAUGCGUCUGAUGAACAGAAUUCACAGUCUUCAAUGGAGAAUUCCAUCAACAGUUCAGAGAAAGUUGAAACAGAGCCUUCAGCGGAAAAUGACACAACCACAGAGACGUCUAAAAACUCUCAGGACUCUGAAGGAGUGCCACCUCCUAAAAAGAUGAAAGUGGAGACUCCCUCUCAACAAAAUAUGGAUGAAAUAUAAACUUUAGAUUUUUCCUGGGCGGUUUUUAUGUAAAGGUACAUCAAUGGGCUAAAUUGUCGAACAACCGUACAUAAGCAUCUUCUUCUCUUGGAUGAGGAGGGAACUCCUAUAAACUUUCCAAGUAACCAGGUGAAAAUCCAAGGAAAACCAAGCAAACAUUUAAUCUCUUCAGACACUGAAAACUCUUCGUUUUUUUUCCCCUGUGAAGCAAAACUGUUGAGCAUUUAAGUUACUGUCUCCGAAAUGGUUAGAGUAAAACACUCAGGAGGGGUCGACGCACUGUUUCUAAUGUCAGAAUUACAAUUAUGCUGCUGAUGUAUUUUUUUUUUCUCCCAUUCUCUAUUUAACAUUAUAAGAUAUUUAAGAAUGGUACAGGUCAGGUAUUUCUCUUCACAUGUGAAGUUCAGGUUCUGAUGUGAUGUCUCUUCUUGUUUUGGGGUUUGUUUUUUUUGUGUGUGUGCCUUGUGUCCCAAAAUGGAAAAAAAACUAAACAAACAAAAACAAAGCAGGGCUAAUUCUGCAAAUUUCUCCUUUGCAAAGUGGCCUGUUUGUACAAUGCCAUAUAAAAUACGUUCCGUUGUUGUUGUUUUUAAACAAAUACUCUGGUGCUUACUGUCCUGAUAAGAGAUAACAUGAGAGAAAUUAAGAAGCCAUUUUCACAGUUGGAGGGUGGGGUGGAUGCUCACCGAUGAUGCUUGUUUUUCCUGCACCUCCAGGGCUCACUUUGUUCUUAAGUAAGUAAACUGCACUACCUUGUGUGCCCCCCACCCCCCAAACCUUGGUUUUACAGACUUUUCGUAGUGGAAUAAUGUGUCUACAAGGCUGCCCAGUGUAGCCUUCUUAAAAUUGAUUGACUGGUUUCUGACGUUUACUUAAAUUAGUUUUGGUUACAAAAGCAAAUUAUGCGUUUUAAGGACUUGAAUCUGGAAAUCUGUAUUUGAGCCUUCUUGUGGCUUCGUUACAAAUGGAUGUAACCUGAAUGGCAGGUGCAAGUUUUGAAUAGAUCCAUUCUCCAAUCAUUUUUAAAGAUUCAACUGGAUUUCACCGUUUUGUUCUUUCACGAGAUGUUGACUGUUGUCCAACAUUUGUGUACUUGAGGCUCCUUUGUCUCAAGAUCUGCUUGUAAAUACAGCUUUGUGAUUUUCGGAAUCUCUCGUUCAGACAACUGUGUCCCGUGCGCACUUGACUUGGCCACAGAAGCUGGUUUAAUGUAGCAGCUGAAAAGGGCUAAGUGGCUUACACAUUUGGGGUGCUCUUAUGCCAGUUGCUGGGGGCAAAAAUCCUGUGAAAUCAACGCCGCUUCAAUCGCAACAGAUUUGCACUUUGUCGUUUUCCAAUGGGGCUACAUUGCGGCUGGACUUGCUAGAGUUUUGCACACUCAAGGCCUGGAUAAGCUCCUACAGCUCCUAUGGGUAGGUGGGAAUAUUCUCUGCCUCUAGCAGAAGUGGUUAUAAAAAGUAAAAGGCAACACAUGAGAACAAAUGCCUUUUGUCACGACAACUAUCAAACAGUUUACGCGUAUCUUGCUACGGAAUCAGUGGGUGGCUUUU